AUUCCUAUGCUACUCUUUUCCCUGAAACCUAUGCGAGAAUACUGCCGAAUUCCUUGAACUGCCCAGACCGCUUCCAAAAUGGGUUUCCAUCUUCCUCUCAACCGCAUCGACCAGGUGAACCAGCCUCCGUUGUACUUCUUGCAGGUUCAAGAUAGUCUCAUUCUAUCGGUGUCCUUCUUCUGGACCAUAGCCUAUGUGCUGUACAUCCGGCAGGGCUUGCGCGACAAGUCUUAUGGCAUGCCUCUUUUUGCACUCUGUGCAAACAUAGCAUGGGAGUUCCUCUUUGGCGUCGUCAUGCCGACGUCGGCAGCACAGGUGGUGGCCUUUGUACCAUGGCUUAUCAUCGACAUUGGCAUCAUCUACACCACCUGGAAGUACGGCCCGCAGGAAUGGAAGCACUCACCCAUUGUGGCGAGGAAUCUGGGCUGGAUCCUGUCGCUGGGUGUUGUGACCAUGAUUGGCGCUUUCUGGGCCUUCAUCAACACUGUUGGCAUCGACCCGGCGUCCUUCUACCUGGGCUACUCGGACCAGUUGCUCAUCAGCUGCACGUCGCUCGCGCAACUGUUGCGUAGAGACAGCACCGCCGGUCACUCUUGGGGUAUCUGGUUCAACCGUACGCUGGGCACGUUCCUCUCCAUCGUGCUGUUUGCCUGGCGGUACGCGCAUUACCCGGAGAGCUACACUAGGGUGGCGGAGCCCAUUGUGGUCUUCUUCUUUGCUGCAUCCGAGGUCGUGGACGUCGCGUAUGCAUUCGUCUACGCCCACGUCGCGGCAAAGGAGAAGCUGAAGCAGAAAUAAAGCCGCUCUCGAUGGUUUUCUUCCUCAGCUUACCCGAUGCGGUGAAGCGGUAUGGAACCAUUGGCUCUGACUACCAUUGCAUAUGCAACAAGGGCAUUGUCGAAGGGUGGGGUCAGGGUGGAUGGCAUGCUGGGGUCUAUGGUUAAGCAUUAGAAACAUUGUCCAGUCAGUUUUGAAACACCAGUAGGUAUAGACAGAUACGAUGUAUGAUGUAGAUUGUUAUAGACUAUAUCAGCUUGUGGAUCAAAGAACCAUAGAAUGAACAGCUGAUGUGCAUACAAGAUAAUCAACCGAGAUUGUCCGAUUCCAUAGGAAGGACAGGUCUCUCACGUC